AUGGCGACACACAUGCAGAGAGUUGAUGACCCCGAAGGGAAUACUCCCACUGAGAAAGCUCCCACAACAACGGUUGGUACUGAUGGGAUUGAUCGGCAUGCCGAUUCUUAUCACCCAACAAGAUGGCAGAGCAAUGUCACCAUCGUGAGCUGUUACAUCGCAAACUUCAGUGAUGGUUUCCAAAACAGCCUUGCGAAUCCGACCAAUGUCAUCUUCAAAAAGCUCCUCGGGUCUGGUGGCUACUCCUCUGACAUGAAGACCCGGAUCAGUAAUUCCUUAAUCAUUGGUGCUAUUCUUGGAGUUGUGGUUCUAGGAUAUACCUCGGACAUGUUUUCGCGACGAUCAGGCUUGCUUUUCACAUCGGGCCUAGUUGCUAUCGCUACAUUGUUGUCGACACUUGCUCUACAGGUGCAUCCUUCUCAAAAGAUGCUGUGGUAUUUCGUCGUGGUUCGUGGAAUCGCCGGCUUUGGUGUUGGAGGUGAAUAUCCACCGAGUGCGGCUGCUGGUAUCGAGGAAUCUGACGGGGUCAUGAGGGCUUACCGCGGGCCACUUUAUGUCUCGUUCACAACGCUGAUGGCCACUUUGGCUAGCCCAAUCUUGCAGAUCGUCUACUUGAUCUGUCUGGUUGCUAGCAACAAUAACUUAACCAUCACUUUCCACGCAAUCUAUGGCAUUGCUACUGUUCUGCCGGUGAUCAUCAUUGUCCUCCGCAUGUUUAUGGUCGAUUCGACGCUAUUUCAUAACUCCAACUUCACCAAGCAGCGACGGCCCUUCCGACUCUAUGUCCUUCUGGCACGUCGGUACUGGUGCCGUAUCUUGACGACGUCUCUGGCCUUUUUCCUGUACGAUUUUAUCAACUUUCCAAACAGCAUCAUGUCUAGCACGAUAAUUGCGUCGCUGGUGAAGGACAAUGAUAUUCGGAAGACCGCAAUUUGGCAGGUGGUUCUCGCCGUUCUUCCAGUGCCUGGUGUGAUGAUUGGAGCCUGGCUCACUAACGCUAUUGGCCGACGCAAUACCGGUAUUCUGGGCUUUGCAGGGUAUAUGGUGCUUGGAUUCAUCAUUGGUGGUACCUACUCCAAGCUGUCUAAGAAUAUUGCAGCCUUUGUGGUGCUCUACGGUCUUCUCCAGGCAUUCGGCCAUAUGGGCCCGGGAGCGACUAUUGGCCUAAUCUCAACCGAAUCGUUCCCCACGGCGAUGCGAGGCAUGGGAUACGGUAUUGCAACUGCUUUUGGUCGAACUGGCGCUGCGGUCGGAACCGAAUGUUUCACUCCCCUGCAAGAGGCUGCUGGAAGUAGCUCGACUUUCUAUCUAGCUGGUGGAGUUGCAGUCGUUGGGAUUCUGGUUUACUGCUUGCUGCCCGAGAGUAGCCGUCUUGAUUUGGCGCAAGAGGAUCGAGAACUGGAGGAGUUCUUGGCGGAUCAGGGAUACGCCAUGGAGAAGGCAACUUGA